AUUAUUAAUUUCGGACAAAAAAAUAACAAUAAUAAUAAUAAUUAAGAAAAAAAAAUAAAUAAAGAAAAUUAUAAAAGAAGCUCAAAACUCACGCGAUCUUCGAUCAAGCACAUUUUCUCAGUCGGUUUCAACUUUUUUUAUUUUAUUUCCUUUUUCGGUCCUGGAUCACUGUUAGUCUCUCUGUUUGGUUUCCGAGAAAAAAAAAUGCACGCAAACCAGUUGCUUCUCGAAGAGCCUAUACGGAUGGCUUCCAUCUUGGAGCCUUCUAAGCCUACUUUCUUUCCAGCAAUGACAAAGAUUGUUGGUACACUUGGUCCAAAAUCACGAUCUGUAGAUAUAAUUUCCGAUUGCCUGAAGGCAGGAAUGUCUGUUGCUAGAUUUGAUUUUUCAUGGGGUAAUGCUGAAUUUCACCAAGAGACAUUGGAAAAUUUGAAGAAAGCAAUCAAGAAUACCCAGAAGCUCUGUGCAGUUAUGUUAGAUACAGUGGGUCCAGAGUUGCAGGUAGUUAAUAAAACUGAGCAUCCCAUUUCCCUUGAGGCUGACACUUUGGUUGUCCUUACACCAGAUGUAGAAAAAGAGGCCUCUUCUAAUCUUUUACCCGUAAACUAUUGUGGGCUGUCGAAGGCAGUAAAGAAGGGAGACAGUAUUUUUAUUGGUCAAUACCUUUUUACAGGAAGUGAAACUACUUCUGUGUGGCUGGAGGUAAGUGAAAUGAAGGGUGAAGAUGUGGUUUGUCUGAUUAAGAACUCUGCUACCUUGGCUGGAUCAUUGUAUACUUUGCAUGUCUCUCAAAUUCAUAUUGAUCUUCCUACACUUACAGAUCAAGAUAAGGAGGUAAUAACCACAUGGGGCGUUAAAAACAAUAUAGACUUUCUCUCGUUGUCAUACACUCGGCAUGCUGAAGAUGUCCGCCAUGCUCGUCAAUUUCUUUCUAAUUUGGGUAACCUCAACGAAACUCAAAUUUUUGCAAAGAUUGAAAAUGUAGAGGGAUUACAUCAUUUUGAUGAGAUCUUGCAAGAAGCAGAUGGUAUCAUCCUCUCUCGUGGAAAUUUGGGGAUCGAUCUCCCACCAGAAAAGGUGUUUUUGUUUCAAAAAGCUGCUGUUUACAAGUGCAAUAUGGCUGGAAAGCCAGCAGUAGUGACUCGUGUUGUGGACAGUAUGACUGACAACCUAAGACCUACUCGUGCUGAAGCUACAGAUGUUGCCAAUGCAGUAUUGGAUGGAAGUGAUGCUAUUCUUCUAGGGGCAGAGACCUUGAGGGGAUUGUACCCUGUUGAGACCAUUUCGACCGUUGGAAAGAUUUGUGCUGAGGCAGAGAAGGUUUUUAAUCAGGAGGUAUAUUUCAAGAAGGCUGUCAAACGUGUUGGCGAACCUAUGACCCACUUGGAAUCUAUUGCCUCCACUGCAGUACGUGCAGCAAUUAAAGUGAAGGCCUCUGUAAUCAUUUGCUUCACUUCAUCUGGAAGAGCGGCAAGGUUGAUUGCUAAGUAUAGGCCAACAAUGCCUGUGAUUUCUGUUGUCAUCCCUCGUCUAAAGACAAACCAACUCCGCUGGACUUUUUCUGGUGCUUUUGAGGCAAGGCAAUCGCUAACGGUCAGAGGCCUUUUCCCCAUGCUUGCUGAUCCUCGACAUCCUGCUGAAUCUACAAAUGCAGCAAAUGGAUCCAUCUUGAAAGUUGCUUUGGAUCAUGGGAAAGCCUCAGGUCUAAUAAAGUCACAUGACCGUGUUGUUGUUUGCCAGAAAGUAGGUGAUGUAUCUGUGGUGAAGAUCAUCGAGCUUGAAGAUUAGACUUUAUUUUGAUCUUUACGAACAUUUUCCAGCUUACUAGUUUGAAAAUAAGCAAUGGUAUACAACAUGCAUAAGAGAGUGUGGUUUGGUUAUCAAUGUAUGCUCUUUCAACUUGAUUAGGUCAAUAUCUAUUUCUGCCUUGAUUCUGUAUAAAUAUAUCCUUAUGCUUUGCCUGAAGGAUUUUGUAACUCAACUAGAUUUUGUCUAUGCUACAUAAACUAAAUCAAAACUGUGACUUCUUCAAAA